AUAUUAUUGGCAAACAGCUGAUUUACCUUAGACCGUGUUAGAUAACCUUAAAUAUUAGCGCUGAAACGAUUUGUAUUGUAUUGAAAAUAGUACCACAUAAUUAUUAAAUAAAAUGCGCUUAACUUCUAAAUUAUAUGCACAACAUUUGGGAUGGAUGUUCAAAAAACAUUGGCAAGUACAGGGUAAAAAAGUUGUGCAUGAUACUGGCGCGCAAGCUGAAUUGGAGAAGCUAGGUAUUGCAGUGGUAGAUCCUAAUGAUAUUGUUAAUCCAAAACAUCCAUUUGAAAAGGUGGAAAUCGUUGGUUACAAAGAAAAAGAAAUUUUAAAUGAUGAGACUCAUCCUAAUUGGCAUGAGAAACGUUGUCAUGUUUAUGGUGAUGGUAAUGUACUACUGGAAGGAGUUCCGCAAGCCGAAUUGUUAACCAAAACAAUUGAAAUUAUUGGAUUCCCCAAAAAUAUAACUGAGGCUAUUCAACGAAUGCAAAUACCUAAUACCGUGGAGCGUAGUGUUCAGCAUUCCAUACUGUCAUCACAUGUUUAUGAUGCCGAACAAGUAAAAUUACCAAAAGCACGAACGUACUAUGUACUACCAAACACAUACGGAAUAUCGUAUCCACGACGCAAUCGCUUAUUAAUAAAUAAACUUAUAUUCGAGUGUGAAAAAAUGUCUGGACGAUCAAUAUCAGCACGUCGAAGAAUAAUUGACAAUGUCGAUUUUCGUGUAACUCUUCCCAGAAAUAUUGAUAUUUUGCAAUUUAAUGUAAGUGCGGAAAAAAUGAUAACAUCCUCUCGUCCCAUAGAACCUGUUAAGAGCGAACACGAUGUCGACUUGCCGAUUUUGUUUCCCAUUAAAUGCACAAUAACAAUUCCGAAGACAAAUAUAUAUGACUCCUCAACUUUUUAUCCUUUCAACGAGAAACUGAAUUGUUCUCAUCCACAUACAAUAUUUUCUCACUUUGAUAAAAAAAUUGUUGGAAAUUUACAUGGAAGCAGCGUAACCCCAAGUCAAUUCCAAAGUAGAACCAUGCUAAAGGCCUUUUCAGUUGCUGCUGCACGUGCUAAACAAAUUUAUGGGGAAAAAGCUUUAGGAAAACUUCCAAAACCAAUUGUCAUUCAAAGCAUACAAACAGAUGGUAGAAGUUUUCACUUUGGCGUUUUCCAAUUGAACACGCUUGCAAUUGGUGAUGAUGUGGAUGAUGGUUUGAAAAACUAUUGGUUCCAUGAACCGCAAUUAGAUUUGUUUACAGAUUGUAGUUAUAAAUUAGGAAAACCAUAUUUAGAAGGCUAUAACAAGGAUGUAAUCAGAUGUAUUAAUGCAUUUUACAAUAAUUCUUAAAUAUAUUGUAACUUUUAUCAAUAAAUCAAUUUA